AAAGACGGAAUGAAAGGAAGAUAUUUGAACAAAAAAGAAAAGAAAAGGAAAGGGGAGACAGGAGAUGAUAGUGUUGGGGAAGAGUGUCGGUGAUGUAAAAACUUAGAAUGAAUUCUUAAUAAUUAGAAAGAGAGGAAGUUGGUAUGGCAUUGUAGAUUGAGUUCUUUAUCUUCUCUUCUCAUCUUCUCUUUUGCAUGUCUUGAAAGUUGAAAGUUGGAAGUUGAAGAUUCCAUUUUUGGAGAUGGGAGUGGAUUUGAGACAAGUGGUGGCAGGUGUCCUCACUCUCACAAUGUUCGUCAUGCUUGCAAAUAUGAUCAAAAGAGACCACUUCGAUUCCCUCCAAGAAAAACUUCCUGGAGUAUCGGGGGAUGCCAACUUUGAGAAUGCAAAGUUUGAAGGUAACGUAAGAAAGAAUAUAGGGCUUUGGAAGGGAGAUGUGGAUGGCCUAAAACCGUGUUGGGCUAAGCCCUCUGUAGAUGAUGCGGAGCAGACUGAAGGGUUUGUUAAUUUUGCGUUAACCAAUGGCCCGGAAUACCAUAUUUCUCAGAUAGCAGAUGCAGUGAUUGUUGCUAGAAGUCUGGGGGCAACACUUGUGAUACCUGACAUAAGAGGAAGCCAACCUGGUGACAAGAGGAACUUUGAGGAUAUUUAUGAUGUGGAUGUGUUCCUGAAAAGCAUGGAAGGGGUGGUCAGAGUGGUAAAGGAGCUACCUUCUCAUAUAUCAACACGGAAUAUUGCUGCUGUGAAAGUCCCUAAUCGAGUUACAGAAGACUACAUAGCUGAGCAUGUUGAGCCAAUAUAUAGAACGAAAGGAAGUAUUAGGCUUGCAACUUAUUUCCCUUCAAUAAAUAUGAGAAAGGCUGGGAAAAAAGGUGACACCGAUUCUGUUGCAUGCUUAGCAAUGUUUGGAAGUUUAGAGUUGCAGCCAGAUAUGCAUGAACUGGUUGACUCAAUGAUUGAAAGACUACGAACUUUAAGCCGAAAUUCAGAUGGGAAAUUCAUAGCUGUGGACUUGAGGGUUGAGAUGCUGGAUAAGAAGGGCUGCCAAGGUAGUGAUAAUAAUGACGGAGAGAAAACCUGCUACAACGCACACGAGAUUGCAGUAUUUUUGAGGAAGAUUGGUUUUGACAAGGAUACCACAGUUUAUGUGACUGAAUCAAGGUGGGAUAGCAGCCUUGAUUCUCUGAAGGAUUUGUUCCCUAAAACUUAUACAAAGGAAGCCAUCAUGCCGGCAGAUAAAAAGGAAAAGUUCCUAGAUUCUGAAUAUGAGAAAGUGAUUGACUUUUACGUAAGUGCAGAGAGUGAUGUAUUCGUACCAGCAAUUUCAGGUCUGUUCUAUGCGAAUGUAGUCGGAAAGAGAAUUGGUUCUGGAAGAACACAGAUACUGGUUCCGGCCUCAUAUGCUUCAUCCUCCAAUUUCCUUUCUCCUUACGUCUCCAACAAAAACCACUUUGCUUAUUCUUGUUACUGUUAGUUUUGCUUUGCUGUCCGCCUUGUUCCCCAACUUUCCAUCUUCAUUUCAUUUAUUUUUUAUGCUCACCUCUUAGACAAAAUCCGAGUUUCCAAAACUCAUGGCUUUUUGAGUUUUUAAUUUAUCUUUUUCUCUUCCAGCGUUCACCGAAAGGGUUGAGUUAUUGAAUUCGCUGUCAAAUAUGUACAGAGCGCUAUCUAUUCAUCACAUUUUGUUUGUAAACUUAUGGUUACCUCAGUUAUUUAUCAUAAUUGGUGGUGGUGAAACAAUAGAUAAUGUAUUCGUUUGAUAUGUUCAUGCUCCAUGGUGUAAUGUAAGUACUUGUAUUGUUCAAAAGAAAAAAAAAAUAUUCCUGAUACUAUUUUUAUUCUUGGGAUUAGGAAAAUUGUUGUAUUUAUAUUUUCUAAUUUUGUAAUGUAAUUACAUGACUUAAUUAUUUUUGUUGUUUCAAUAUAUC